CUCCAUGACAACGGGGGGUUUCAAGCGAACCAAACAGUCGAGUGUAUUUGUUAGUGGUCUGGUGGCCUGCGAACAAUGAAUUGAAAUCACGGACGCACGAAAGGCUUUUUUAUUUAUGACAUGGAAAGACCUCAAACUCGACGUGGAAGUUCCGACAGUUCCUUUUGGGAGCAGCAACAACCAGAGAGCAACAACAGCAGUCAAGGUGGUGGAGACGGCGGAAUUACUAACUCAUCAUCUAGACCCUUGACGAGAAUGGCGAAUGAAUACGGAGUACAGAAACCAGCCGCAGGAAUUAUGUCAGCUGGAUUUGCACAGCGGAUUUCAACUGUCAACCGACCAGGAUCUCGCGUCGGCACUGCCGCAUCAGGAGCUAACGCAAUGCGGGCAGUUACAGCUUACAAUUACAAUGCAGCUGCCGUUGAACGACCAACAACCCAGCAAGGACUAGGAGGAUUGAAAACAGCUUCAAGAGGUCUCCCACAGAGGCAAAUACAAGACAAGUCUUAUUAUCUGGGUGUUUUGCGAGCCAAAAUGACGGAAGUGAAUGCCGAAAUGGCUAAACUCACUAAAGGGAUUGAGAAAAAUAACAAGGAAUUGCAGAGUCUACCGUCGUUGGAAAAGAGGGUCAAAGAAAUGGCGGCGGAAAUUACAGAUUUGCAGAGUCAGGCUGCCGAUUUGAAUUUACUCCAAGAAAAGAUUGCCAUCAGCAGCGACGCCGCUCAAAUGGAGAUUGAACUUCAAUCGUUACUUGUCCAAAACGAACGAGAAGCUCACGAUGCCGAAGACCUUUUCGACGUUGUCAAAACAGUCAAAGAAAAGAUUGCAGCAUUAGAAAGAGAAAUACAAAUGGAAAACGACGAAGCUGAGAAAUUCAUCACGACCUUAACACCAGGAGAGCAGGAAAAGUACUCUCAACUGAGGACUGAACAGAACAUACUGGCCAAAGAAGUUGAGAAUACAACCACCCAAUUGAGUGCACUGGAAACUAGGGCUCGGAAACUGGAAGAAGAACUACGUCCGUUUCCAGCGAAAGAAGAAAUGUUUCGAUUGCGCAAAACUGUAGUCGAAUUGGAAUUCAAACACGAGCAAAUGAAAGAACAAGACGCUAAACGUCUUGACCCGGAAGGCGAACGAGCUCAGCUGGUGGCCAGUGUCAAGAGUGACAAUGCCGAAGUGGCAGCCAUGGAGCAACAAAUCAAGGAGCUCUUGAGCGAAACGGAAAGAUUGCAAAAUGAACUCCAGGAAAUUGACAAUACAUUCGAAGAGAGUCAGAGCGAACGAGGUCAAAAGUACCGAGACUUGAGGAAACGGGAACAAGUCAUGGACGAAUUUUUGAACUCAUGGGAAGACAAUUACGCUGGUGAAAUGGACCGUCUGAGAGAGCUCGAGACUCUCAUCAUGCAAACGUUGAAUAAGGUUGGCAAACAGCAGUCGCUAAUGCAGUUGGUCCCGAGCAUAUCGGAAUACUCGACGGCCAAGGAAGACUACCUGGUGAAAGAAGGAGAAUUGGAGAAAUCUCGUGCGACAGUUGAAGGCAUCGCCAUCGAAUACCAACGAUUGCAAAACAAUUUGCAAAAGAUGGAGGACCUAGAGAAUAAAAUUCAAGGCGAAUUAAAAACUUUGAAAGAUCAGCUGGAAACCAUACAGACAAACUCCAUCAAAUUCACAGGCGUUGAUGACUUGAGACACGAAACUGAAGAAAGAAGAAAUCGACUUUUAUUGGAACAGGAUGAUUUAGCUGAUAAGAAAAGCGAAAUUCAAGCCCGGGUCAAUCAACUACAAGUCCAGUGCGAUAACCUACAGGUGGAGCUAGAUAAGAACGAGACACAUGUAACCCUUCAUGUUUUCGAUGAAAAACUUCGUUUGCUCGAGGAAGAUAACGAGUCGAUGUCAAAAUUUAUCAAUGAGAUUCAAACCACUUACGACGUCCCGGCACGUCGUGACGCCACGAUGGAAAUCGUACGAAAGUACAUGGACAAUUUACAAUUGACAUACACAUAAGAUGAAAAAUGUUAUACACAAAAAAAAGUAAGUUCAUU